AUGGAUAUAUUUGGAAGCCACACUGGGUACUGCAAGUCUGCUGAAAGCUUCAUCGGCUUGAAUGCUUAUAGACUUAGUGCGGCCUCCACCAUUAAGCUAUUUCUUCCAGAUAGGAAUCGCAUUUCCCCUGACGUCCUCUUCUGCAGGCCGCGCCGUCUGGAUACCUUGAGCAAGCUGGGCCUGGCCGAGGCAGCCUGGGUAGCAGUGGACCUUGGCGUCCUUCUUCGACCUACGCACUACGCCAUCCGCCUAUCUUCUAAAUCUCGAUUUCCCUGUGCCUCACACUCUCGACUUCUGAAACCACAGGUAGCCUCAUCGAUAAUGACUUGGUCGACUAGGUCCCCAUUUCCUACAGAUGCCAAACAGCCUGGUGAGCCUACUGGUGUUGAGGAGAAACGGGUCGACAGUUUGGCGCCUUUCGCAGAUAUUCCUACAACCUGGCCACGCUUGAGGCAUUGGCAAUUACAAGUAAUGCCACCAUUUUUCAACCCUGCACAAGUUGUGCGAAUAUUCUUUAAAUGCUCUACACCGAAUAUACAAUUGAUAUAA